AUGGACCGGCCCAAGCUUCGCCACAUCUCGGCUCAAAAUAAACCCAACUUCGCACCCAGCACUAGUCCCUGCGCCCGAUUCGCAAGAAGUGCUCAGAAGCUCCGCUGGGCGGACCCGGAGCUCGUCCCCUACGGCGCCACCCCCAUGAUGCCAACAGCCAGUGUAUUUCAUUACUCGACGGCGUGCUUCGAAGGCAUGAAAGUCUACCGGGGACACGAUGGCCAGGUUCGUCUUUUCCGACCGCAGUAUAACUGUGCUCGCAUGCUGGCGUCGGCAUUGAGGAUUGGAUUGCCGGAAUUCGACCCCGUCGAGUUGCUGGGUUUAAUUCGGGAGCUGUGUGCGAUUGAGUGUCCGAAAUGGUUGCCGAAAGAGCGCGCCGGAGAAUGCCUUUAUAUUCGGCCGACGCUGAUUGGGACCGAUGCGAGUCUUGGGUUUCAGGUGCCGCGAGAGGCAAUGCUCUUCAUUGUCAUUUCGUUUUGGCCGAAUCCUAAACCUGAACGCCCUCUCGGCAAGGGAGAAAGAGAACCGGCUCCUCAAAGAAAGACGCUGCGUUUAUUCGCGAGUCGGGAGGGGACGGUUCGUGAUUGGCCUGGCGGUACUGGGUCGGCGAAGAUAAGCGCGAACUAUGGGCCCUCUCUUCUGGCUCAUGGAGAUGCCAAGAGUAAGGGCUUUGACCAGGUGCUCUGA